AGAUUUACAGCAUUCUUUCCUCCCUUCUAUUCCUGAAAUUAUGCUUUCAUCUGCUGCAAGAAAAAUUCAUCUGGUCAGAAAUUUCCUUGCACUAAAAAAUGAAAUAGUGCCUAUGGUUGCCCUAACUGCUGUUGACAUUAAGCACAAUUUUCAUACUCAAUAUAAUAACAUUGACUCUGAUGGAUGUGUCAAAAAUGAACAAUUGAGCAAAAAAAGCAGUGAAGUAAGGAAAUCCAACAGUUUUACAAAGAAAAUUGAAUUGGAUAAGAAAAUGAAGUCAGAGUUGCAUUCAAUCAGAGUAUUUAAUAGGCUUGUUUUUGGUCCUCUUCUUGAAACAAAAAAACAGAAAAUUAAAAGACUGAAGAAUAAAGACAAUGAAUUUACAAACCUCAAUAGCAUUUGUUCACCAAUGAAGCAUGAUAAUUGGUAUCAUGAACAUAGAGAAGACUAUGAGAGGUUUGCUGCUAUCUAUUCAGGAAAUGUUCCCACUGCAAAACAUAAUGGAAGCAAACAUUCUGGAUCUGAAAAUGUAAAUUCAACUCGAAUCUCCUUAGGAAAGAAAACAUCUUGUGAUAUAGAAAAAAAUGUUGUGAAGGCGUCGAUCAAAAGUGUCAACAAAAAGUCAGCUGUUGAAUUGGCUCAUCUUGCAGUGGAUUGCCUAUCAAGAAAUUCAAUCCCAAAAACUGAUGAGUCAACUAUUAUUGAGCCAAAAAAUUCCCCUUUUAAUAAGGAAACAUUUGAGGGAGAAAUUAACUCAGAGAUAAUACAUGUUAAAAAUUCAGUAUAUUUUCCUACUACCACUACAAUAGAUAUAAACUCUCUACUGUCAUUCCCCUUAUUUUAUAGUGACAGAACUGAAUCUCAUCUGGCUGCAGUCAACAAUGUCAUUAGAAGCAUACCUCUAAAUUCUGGAAAUGCUAUUGAUGCAAUUCAAACAUGCAGACAUCCUACUGGAGCAAAAUUCCACACAAUGGUCAAUGGAAGUUUUGCAGGGGCGCCCCAGCCCUACAAAAAAGUGCCCAGUGUUAGCCACAUCCUUAGCAGCACCAUGUCAGAUGCCAGCCUUGCAAUCCUUGCCAAGUGGGAAGCUCAGAUGAUUGCCAAGUUGGGUGUACAAGGAUUUCAGGAUUACAAGCAAGAAUUAUUCUCGCAAGGAUCUCUCAUGCAUCGAUGUAUACACACACAAUUGGACCAACAUCAGGCACCUUUAGAGCAAGAACUGAUGCAACUGAAGGGGCUGUGGAACAGUGUGCAGAAUGUGGUGGCUGAAGUGGAGCAAGCUGGUGGAGUGUCUGCAUUAGAAUCAUCAGUUGUGCACCCACAUCUUCACUAUGGCGGCAUUAUUGACUGCGUUGCAGUUUACAGAGGCUCACCCAUGGUCAUCGAGUGGAAGACGUCGAGCAAAGUGAAGCGAACGCUCCAGGCGACCUACGAUAACCCCCUGCAGGUUGCUGCCUACCUUGGAGCCCUACAAUUUGAUCCUGCCAUGCAGCACUUAAGACAAGUGAGGACGGGUCUCCUCGCUUACAGCUAUAACAGCGGCAAGCCAGGAGAUGUGCACAUCCUGACCCCGGCGCUGCUGGAGAACUACUGGCGCCAGUGGCUGCAGAGACUUGCUUUGUUUUGGAGACGAGAGACGACUUCAAAUUUUAACGGAUUAAACUGUUCGUAUUAAAAAUCAAUUCAAACUUAAGUGCAGUUUUAUUUGUAUAACGGUAACAUGCGAGAGAAAGUUAAUAAAGAGAAAAUAAAGUCUGAAUUUCAGCGUUUACACAUUUGUAAAUUUCAUCCAUAUCAUAUAACUAACAUAAAUAACUGAAUUAAUCAAGUCCUGUUGUCAAUGUUUCGUUGCGGGCUUGCUACCGAAACACAAAAAUUUCAGUGUGUUAAAUGAACAAUCGAUAAAUAAACGCAGUCUUCACUGA